AUGAGCAGCGAUGCCGAGAUGGCCCAGUUUGGGCCGGCGGCCGUCUUUCUCCGUAAACCUGAGAAGGAGCGGGUGGAGGCUCAGAACCGUCCGUUCGAUGCCCGGACUGCCUGCUUUAUUCCUGAUGCCAAGGAGCUGUACAUCAGAGGAACCAUCCAGAGUAAAGAGGGAGGACAAGUCAUUGUGAAGACAGCGGCUGAUGAGACUGUAACAGUCAAAGAAGAAGAUGUCCUCCAGGUGAAUCCUCCCAAGUACGAUAAGAUCGAGGACAUGGCGAUGAUGACGCACCUGAACGAGCCGUCUGUGCUGUUUAACCUCAAAGAGCGUUACGCAGCGUGGAUGAUCUAUACCUACUCUGGGCUCUUUUGUGCCACUGUAAAUCCCUACAAAUGGCUGCCAGUGUACGACCCAAAGGUGGUGGCAGCCUACAGAGGGAAGAAGAGGAUGGAGGCUCCACCUCAUAUUUUCUCCGUCUCUGAUAACGCAUAUCAAAAUAUGCUUACAGAUCGUGAGAACCAGUCCGUCCUGAUCACUGGAGAAUCUGGUGCAGGAAAGACCGUCAACACCAAACGUGUCAUCCAGUACUUUGCGACAAUCGCAGUGUCUGGAGGAGACAAGAAGGAGCACUCAUCCGGCAAAAUGCAGGGGACGCUGGAGGAUCAAAUCAUUUCAGCGAAUCCUUUGCUCGAAGCUUUUGGGAACGCCAAAACUGUGAGGAACGAUAACUCCUCACGAUUUGGGAAAUUCAUCAGAAUUCACUUUGGAACCACAGGAAAACUGUCUUCUGCUGAUAUUGAAACCUAUUUGUUGGAGAAGUCCAGAGUGACGUUCCAGCUGACUGAAGAGAGGAGCUAUCACAUCUUCUAUCAGAUCAUGACCGGACACAAAGCCGAGCUCAUCGAAAUGCUUCUGAUAACAACAAACCCAUACGACUUCCCCAUGAUCAGUCAGGGUCAGAUUUCUGUGGCCAGCAUCGACGACAGAGAAGAGCUGUUGGCCACAGACACUGCCACUGAUAUCCUGGGCUUCACCAAUGAAGAGAAACUCUCCAUCUACAAGCUGACAGGAGCAGUGUUGCAUUAUGGGAACAUGAAGUUCAAGCAGAAACAGCGAGAGGAGCAGGCGGAGCCCGAUGGCACUGAGGUGGCAGACAAAGUGGCUUACCUCAUGGGGCUGAACUCCGCUGACUUGUUGAAGGGACUCUGUUACCCUCGAGUCAAAGUGGGGAAUGAAUAUGUGACCAAAGGCCAGACGGUCCCACAGGUCACCAAUGCGGUUGGAGCGCUGGCUAAGUCAGUGUACGAGAAGAUGUUUUUGUGGAUGGUGAUCAGGAUCAAUGAGAUGCUCGACACAAAGCAGCCGAGACAGUUCUUCAUUGGAGUGUUGGACAUCGCCGGGUUCGAAAUAUUCGACUAUAACAGCAUGGAGCAGAUCUGCAUCAACUUUACAAAUGAGAAACUGCAACAGUUUUUCAACCACCACAUGUUCGUGCUGGAACAAGAGGAAUACAAGAAAGAGGGAAUCGACUGGGAGUUCAUUGACUUUGGAAUGGACUUAGCAGCCUGCAUCGAGCUCAUUGAGAAGCCGAUGGGGAUCUUCUCCAUCCUGGAAGAGGAGUGUAUGUUCCCCAAAGCUUCAGACACGUCCUUUAAGAACAAACUGUACGACCAACACCUGGGAAAAAAUAACGCUUUCCAGAAACCAAAGGUGGUCAAAGGGAAACCCGAAGCUCACUUCUCAUUGGUUCAUUACGCGGGCACAGUGGACUACAAUCUCACUGGCUGGCUGGAGAAGAACAAAGACCCACUGAAUGAGUCUGUGGUUCAGCUGUACCAAAAGUCUCCCAUGAAGCUGCUAUCUUACCUGUACGCUUCGUUUUCUGGCACUGAAGCAGAGUCGGGCGGAGACGCUGCAGGAGGAAAAGGUGGAAAGAAAGCAGCAAAGAAGAAGGGCGGCUCGUUUCAGACGGUGUCUGCUGUGUUCAGGGAAAAUCUGGGAAAAUUAAUGACUAACCUGAGGAGCACGCACCCUCACUUUGUGCGCUGCCUGAUUCCCAACGAGACCAAAACCCCAGGUACCAUGGAUAAUCACCUUGUGAUCCAUCAGCUUCGCUGUAACGGGGUUCUUGAAGGGAUCAGGAUCUGUAGGAAAGGAUUCCCGAGUAGGAUCCUGUAUGCAGACUUCAAGCAGAGGUACAGAAUCCUGAAUGCCAGUGCGAUCCCUGAGGGUCAGUUCAUUGAUGGAAAGAAAGCUGCAGAGAAGCUUCUGGGAUCCAUCGACGUUGAUCACACUCAGUACAAAUUUGGGACGACAAAGGUGUUCUUCAAAGCCGGCCUUCUUGGAAAUCUGGAGGAGCUGCGAGAUGAAAAACUGGCGUCUCUGGUGACUCAGACUCAGGCGGUGUGUCGUGGUUACCUUAUGAGGAAAGAAUUCUCCAAUCUAAUCGCUCAAAAAGACUGCGUCUGGAUCCUUCAGUAUAACCUGAGAUCCUUCAUGAAUGUGAAACACUGGCCAUGGAUGAAGCUGUUUUUCAAAAUAAAACCACUUCUGAAGAGCGCCGAGACGGAGAAAGAGAUGGCCACUAUGAAAGAAGACUUUGUCAAAUGUAAGGAGGACCUGUCGAAGUCAGACUCCAAGAGGAAGGAGCUGGAAGAGAAGAUGGUCUCUCUUCUGCAGGAGAAAAACAACCUCCAGCUACAAGUUCAGGCUGAUUCAGAGAACCUGUGCGAUGCAGAGGAGAGGUGUGAAGGUCUCAUUAAGAGUAAGAUCCAGCUGGAGGCCAAACUCAAGGAGGUGACCGAGCGUCUGGAGGACGAGGAGGAAAUGACGGCUGAGCUGACCGCCAAGAAACGGAAGCUGGAGGACGAAUGCUCAGAGCUUAAAAAAGACAUAGAUGAUUUGGAAAUAACUCUUGCCAAAGUGGAGAAGGAGAAGCAUGCAACUGAAAACAAGGUUAAAAACCUUGUGGAGGAGCUUGCUGGUCAGGAUGAAAACUUGGGAAAACUGACAAAGGAGAAGCGAGCGCUGCAGGAGGCUCACCAGCAGGUGCUCGAUGAUCUUCAGGCGGAGGAAGACAAAGUCAACUCUCUGACCAAAGCAAAGACCAAGCUUGAGCAGCAAGUCGAUGAUCUGGAAGCGUCGCUGGAACAAGAGAAGAAGAUUCGGAUGGAUCUGGAACGGGCGAAGAGGAAGCUUGAGGGAGAUCUGAAACUAAGUCAGGAGUCCAUCAUGGAUCUGGAGAACGACAAACAACAAUCAGAGGAGAAGAUAAAGAAGAAGGAGUUUGAGAACAAUCAGCUGCUCAGUAAAAUAUCCGACGAGCAGGCAAUCAACUGUCAGCUGCAGAAGAAGAUGAAGGAGCUGCAUGCUCGUAUUGAAGAGCUAGAAGAGGAAGUGGAAGCUGAACGAGCCAUGCGGGCCAAGAUUGAGAAGCAGCGCUCAGACCUGUCACGGGAGAUUGAGGAAAUCAGCGAACGUCUUGAGGAAGCGGGAGGAGCGACCACCGCUCAGGUUGAGAUGAACAAGAAGAGGGAGGCAGAGUUUCUGAAACUGAGACGGGAUCUGGAAGAGUCGACGUUGCACCACGAAACCACAACCGCCGCGCUGAGGAAGAAACAGGCAGACAGCAUGGCCGAGCUCAGUGAGCAGAUCGACAAUCUGCAGAGAAUCAAACAGAAACUGGAGAAGGAAAAGAGCGAGCUGAAGAUGGAGGUCGAUGAUUUAGCCGUCAACAUGGAGACUGUGGCCAAAGCCAAGGUGAACCUGGAGAAAACAUGCCGCUCAUUGGAAGAUCAGCUGCUGGAGAUGAAAACCAAAUAUGAAGAAAACAUGCGACAAAAUAACGAUUUGUCCAAUCAGAGGGCUCGAUUUCAGACGGAGAAUGCUGAGUUUUCCCGGCAGAUGGAGGAGAAAGAGAGCCUGAUCUCUCAGCUAACCAGAGGAAAACAAGGAUUCACCACUCAGGUCGAGGAGUUAAAGCGUCUGAUCGAGGAAGAGACAAAGGCAAAGAACGCUCUGGCUCACAGUCUGCAGUCGGCCCGUCAUGACUGUGACCUCCUGCGGGAGCAGUACGAAGAGGAGCAGGAGGCCAAAGCGGAGCUGCAGAGGAAUUUAUCCAAAGCUAACACGGAGGUCGCCCUGUGGAGGAACAAGUAUGAGACAGACGCUAUCCAGAGGACGGAGGAGCUGGAGGAGGCCAAGAAGAAGCUGGCUCAGCGUCUGCAGGAGGCCGAGGAGCAGAUCGAGGCGGUGAACUCUAAAUGUGCGUCUUUAGAGAAAACAAAGCAGCGUCUGCAGAACGAGAUGGAGGAUCUGAUGGUGGACGUGGAGAGAUCCAACAGUGUGGCUGCUACGCUCGAUAAGAAGCAGAGGAACUUUGAUAAGAUUCUGGCUGAGUGGAAGCAGAAGUUUGAGGAGUGUCAGGCGGAGCUGGAGAGCUCUCAGAAAGAAUCUCGAACCCUGAGCACCGAACUCUUCAAACUGAAGAACUCAUACGAAGAAGCUCUGGACCAUCUGGAGACCAUGAAGAGAGAGAAUAAAAACCUGCAGCAGGAGAUUUCAGACCUGACAGAACAACUCGGCGAGAGCGGGAAGACGAUUCACGAGCUUGAGAAAUUCAAGAAGCAUGUGGAGACGGAGAAAUUCGACAUGCAGACGUCUCUGGAAGAGGCUGAGGCGACUCUGGAGCAGGAGGAAUCUAAGAUCCUCCGGGCCCAGAUGGAGCUGAACCAGGUGAAGGCCGAGGUGGACAGGAAGCUGGCAGAGAAAGAUGAGGAGAUGGAGCAGAUGAAGAGGAAUAAUCAGAGAGUGACAGAGUCCAUGCAGAGCACGCUGGACUCUGAGGUCCGCAGCAGGAACGACGCCCUGAGACUGAAGAAGAAGAUGGACGGAGACCUGAACGAGAUGGAGAUCCAGCUGAGCCACGCCAACAGACAGGCGGCAGAGUCCCAGAAACAGCUGAGGAACAUCCAGGGACAGCUCAAGGACGCUCAGAUCCACCUAGACGACUCUCUGCGAGGAUACGAUGACAUGAAGGAGCAGGUUGGCAUGAUGGAGCGAAGGACGGCGCUGAUGCAGGCGGAGAUCGAGGAGUUGCGAGCCGUCGUUGAGCAGACGGAGCGAAGCCGCAAACUGGCUGAACAGGAGCUGAUCGAGGCCAGUGAGAGGGCGGGGCUUCUGCACUCUCAGAACACGAGUCUCCUGAACACCAAGAAGAAACUGGACGCUGAUGUGACUCAGCUUCACUCUGAGAUUGAAGAAGCUGUUCAGGAGGCGAGGAACGCUGAGGAGAAGGCCAAGAAGGCCAUCACUGAUGCAGCUAUGAUGGCUGAGGAAAUGAAGAAAGAGCAGGACACUUGUUCUCACCUGGAGAGGAUGAAGAGGAACCUGGAGGUGACGGUGAAGGACCUGCAGCACCGGCUGGAUGAGGCAGAAAACCUUGCCAUGAAGGGCGGGAAGAAGCAGCUGCAGAAACUGGAGACACGGGUUCGUGAGCUGGAGACAGAGAUGGAGGCCGAACAGAAACGCUCGUCAGACGCCAUCAAAGGAGUCCGAAAAUACGAGAGGAAGAUCAAGGAGCUCACUUAUCAGUCUGAAGAAGAUAAAAAAAAUAACAUCAGACUUCAGGACCUGGUGGACAAACUGCAGAUCAAGAUGAAGGCGUACAAACGACAUGCUGAGGAGACUGAGGAGCAGUCUAACGCCCACAUGGCGAGAUUCAGGAAGGCCCAGCACGAGCUGGAGGAGGCUGAAGAGAGAGCUGACGUGGCUGAAUCUCUCGCCAACAAGAUGAGAGCCAAGAGCAGAGAAAUAGGAACAAAGACUCAAGAAGGACAGGGCGAGUAGCUGAGAGUCUGACACGGCUUAAAUACCUGCAUGAAUCAUGAGUUUGAAAGAAACAAUAGUUUAUAGUUUAAAAUAUUGUUGGAUAUUAACAUCAUUAUAACUCAUAUCAGUGAUAAAUGUAAAAAUAUAUAGAGCAACUUUAUGAUUAAACCUCACCUAAACAAUAAAUCGAAACUCUCCCAUUUGACUAAUUCACCCUGUAUUCCACUCACUCUUUUAACUGGGAUAUAAUUUAAUUCAUUCAUCAUGUUUGAUAACAGAUUUAGAGUUUUAAUAAAUAACAUGUAUUAGGAGAGGGAUAAUGUAUAGUGAGCAGGUGAGUAGUUAUGCGUAUUAGAAUCUUCGCAUGCAUAACCACCUGCUCACUAUACAUUAUCACGGUUAUUACCCAGCUCUCAACUGAAGUUAUUAAGAAAAAAAAAUUAAUUUUGAGAAUAUUCUAUUGAUUUAAUCAUUAUUUAUGUCUACAGUUAACAAAUUAGUCCUCAGAAUCCAUGGUUGGUAACUCUUCCAUGGCAACGAAUUCUUAUCAGCCUACCUGCAGGAUGGAUUUACCGUACUUGGAACAUUUCAAGUCAUGUUUAAGUUAGAAUUUUCAUCUGCUUAUUUAUCAAAUUACAGCAAUCUUAACAUUCCAUCUCCUUUUUUUCACUGCUUUGCAAUUUACACGCCUUUAAAAAUAAAUGAGGUAACGUCACAACCUUUAACAUUGUUGCCAUCAUCACUUAACGGAAGGUAAAUGGACUUCAUUUUUAAAGUGCUUUCUGUGGUCGUUUGACCACUCAGAGCACUUUAACAUUACAUGUCACAUUAACCCAUUUACACCACAUUCAUACACUAAUGGCAGAGGCCACUAUGUAAAGUGGCCAUCAGUAAUCUCAUUCACACACCGCUGGCACAGCCACCAGUUUGGAGUCAAGGGCCACUUCAGCAUGUGGACAGCAGGACCAGGAAUUUAACCUCCAGCCUCUGAUCGAGCAGCAACAACUGAGCAACUACCAACUCUGAGGCUCGAGCCACUGGAUGAAUUGCAGGACAGGGUCCAGUGAGAAAACAUGUUGUUUUGCGGACUGAUUGAAAAUGCUAACAUGAACAGUGUCAACAAGCAGUGGUGAAAUGUGCCAGACCUCUUAAGAUGUAUUGAUUUGAUAUGAUGAGUGAUGUAGGUGACCCUGGCUUUGCUUUUGCUAUUCAGAAUAAAUAACCUUCGUUAUGAGAUUUUGACCAAUCAGAAUCAAGUAUCUAACACAGCCACGUUAUUCAUAAUGAAGCUGGGUAAUAAAUCUGAUUAAUUGAACAUUGUCUGAAAUAUUUAACCCAAAAAGAAGAUGGAAAAUCCUUUGAAUAGUUUCCCACUGAAGUGUUAAUUUUGAUUCACAGUGAUGUUUUUCUGACUGACAUCACGUUCUGACUUUUUAUCAUCCCUUAUUUUGUUUUUUGGUUUUAGAACAAAAUAAAUGUU